UAAUAAAUACCGGAAGACGCCCGGCGCUCCCGCUAGGAGCGGCAGCCACCCUGGGGGCGGGGGGGGCAUUUUGCAGGACGGGGUAAGACCCGGGCCGGCUGGCCCGUACCCCCCCGCCCCAGGCAGCCCAGCUGCAUCGCGGCAAGUGCGGGAGAAGAAGCGGGGCCGCCCCGGGAAGGCACCUUCCUUCUGCAGGGGGGCGAGGAAGGGCAGAGCCACCCACCCCGCGGAGGCCCCGCGGGAGCGGAGGGGGGCAGCUGGGUGGGACAGGGGACCCCCGACCCGCGGCUUGCCCUGGGGGCAGCCGAUUUCAUGCCUCUCCGGCGGUGGGUCACAGGCUGGGCCCUCGCCGGAGCAGAGGUGGGGGUCAGGGCUCUGUAACUCUACUCGCCCCGGUUCAUCCUCCUGCCCGUCUCGGCGGAGCCGGUGCCGUCAGGAAGGGGCUUUCCCCGAGCGUCCGAGCUGAGUCCCGCUGCCGGGACCCCCGGGGCCAGACCUGCCGCAGCCCGGGGGCGCUGAGAGCCGGCACCCCCGGGCAGGGCGGUGGCUGGGAAUGCUGUCGGUCCCGCAUCUCCGCGGGGACAGGGGGAAUCAUUUUUGAGACACAUCAAGCCCAGACACCGUCUCUUGUUAAAUAUGGUCCACCACCCCCAUCGCCACCCCCGCCCCGACGUGCGCCUGCAGGCUGCGCCCCCCUGCCCCGCGCUGCGCGGCCGAGGGCAGAGCCGGCUCCGGGGGGGGAGCAGGGUCCCCCCGGCCCGGCGGGACCCCCGGGCAGCGCAUAACGUGCACGGUGGCAUCGCAAGACGGAUCGCAUUUGCACGGCCAGCGGGAAGUAUCCGAGAAGCCACACCUUUACCUCCUUUGGAAAGCACCGUGCGGACAGACAAGCUGCAACCCCCCGAAACCCCGCAGCGGCUCCAGCCCCCUCCCCGAGCCCGCUCCCAUCCCCGCCGGAGCCGGCGGCACCUUUCCCCGUGGGAGGUAAAUGGUGCCAAAGCUCCGAGGGAGAAGGCAGGGCAGACCUUCGAAACACUCCACGCCUCACAGUGCCUGGAAGGUAUUUCGGUUUUUAAACAGUUGUCUUGACCAUCGCUCCACACCGGUGCGUCCUGGCGACUGGACCUGCGUGUCAAACCGUUGUUGCACUUACUAAACGUGAAACUCUCUUCGGUCGUUUAAUUUUCCCGUCCCUAAAACAACCGUAUUGCUUCUGCCCUGUGCGCGCUCCCCUUGGAAACAUAACGAACAAGCACUUCUGUAAUUAACUGGCCGCGUUAAAAAGCUUUUACUCGAGCGCGGAGAAGCGGUGGGCGCUGGAGCCAGCGUUAAUAGCGGGGGGUGCUGCAACGCCCGGGUGCUGGGAGAGGGGCGCUGGGAAGGGCGACGACAGCCCAGAUGGCGAGUACAGCACAGGUACCGGCAGAAAAAGUGACAGGCAGGGUAAAAUUAAAACUUUUCAUUUAUCUGACCAGCUUCCAACUUUCGCUUCAGUCGCGGGGUAGAGGGGAAAACCCACUUCCAGCGCCCGAGGUGCAAAAGCCAGCUUCAUUGCCAGAUUCCAGGCACGGAGCCCAGGACAGGAGGGGAAAAUCCGCGGUGGCAUUUGCUAUCCAAGCCCCCAUGCCCAGGUCACCCCGUCCCGGUCACCGGCGGAGGCGGAAAGCGGCGACCGAGCUAUGCCCCGGGCGGCCCCCCGUGCUGCCCGAAAAGGGGGGAUGUGGGGGGUGUACCAAAACCGAAACAACACGGGACAGUCUUAUUCCGGGCUUUGCAUAAAUUGUCCUGAAAUAAAGGGAAGACACUUCGGCGCUUUCGAGCUGCUGCAUUCGAGUGCUGUGCCCUGGCACCAGCCUGCCCGGCUGCGGCGGCGCCGCCAGCCGCUCUGUCGGGGGGCAAGGGCUCGGUGGUCCCCGAAGGGCCCGGCAGGGACGAGCCGGGACCCCCCUGCGGCGGGCAGAAGUCCCGGAGGCCGAGCAGCGGGGAUGGCACCGGAGAGGCCGCCCAGCACCUGCCCCGCCGCCGAAGAGCGGGGCCGUCCCGGAGGAGCCCCCCCGGCCCAGGGCGCAGCAGCCGCGACCACGGGGCAGAGGCGAGGCCCCUCGCCAAGUCCGAGGUGUCGAAAGCUCUGGAGGAAGAGAGGAUGUGCUCGCCGGGAGCUAAUUGCGAGCUUGGGUGUUUCGGGUUUUUUUUUGUUUGUUUGUUUGUUUUCAGCAAGAAAAGUUAAAAAAAACCCCACCCACCUCCAAAUAUACCCCAAAAAAAGAAGAAAACUAAACCCAAACGAACCGCAUUUAGCAAUCCCGAGGAGAAGCAACGAGCGGGUGUGGGAGACAACUCUCGUCCGCCAGGGGCUUUUCUGGGUGCGGGGGCCCGGCUCGGUUCCGAAGGGGCAGCGAGAGCGACCUGCAGCUGGCGGGAGGGGUCGGGGCACCCCCUGCCUUCCCCUCACGGCCAGGAAGACAGCACCGGCUUUGCUCACCCCGUCUCCCCCACGUACACCCACGGGGCCUGGGUGUAGGAUGGGUGGGCUGGAGAGGGUGUUUUGGGGCGCUCCUCCGGGGUCCUGUCUCCCUUUACUCCUUUUUGGGUGAUAUUUAAACGCGAUUCUAAUGUCGCACCCACUAGCCUGCAAUCAAGAGCGACCACACAGAGGGUAAAAGCGGUGUAGGAGAGCUUGGAGUGCGGGGGGUGCCUCCCCUCCAGCCCUGCAAGCCGGGUCCGGAGCAGGGUGAACCGAUCGCCUUUGUCCCCUCUGCUCGCCUGCCCUCGGCAGAGACGCCGUUUGCAGUCGGAGCCUGGCUUCAGCGGGCUGCUGGAGAGCAUCGGGCAAGGGAGAAGGCCGAGAGGGGUGGGGGGGUGGUUGGGAAAUGGGUGCUGAGCCCCGACCCGGAAAGUCCGUGAGCUGCUGUAUGUCAGUAACUUACUCAUCAAUCAGCCGGACACAGAGCAGACCUGGCCUCUCUUUGCGGAGUGUUUGCUUUUUCACCAAUUAUUGCGGCCCUGCAGCUCUUUUUGUUGAUACAGUAGUUCUAAAAAGUGCUAAUGUUCAUUUAUCAGGGGGCCGAGCCCGGGACUCCCACUAGUUGUGAUCCUUCCAAAAAUAUAAACACGAAGAGAAGGGCUAGGGCUAAAGCCCCCAUUUGUUUCUAAACCGCAGUAUUAAAAGUGAUGCAUUGUUGAAGAUAAAGCGGAGAUAACGCUGUCUGUCUCCAAUGAAUGUCUCCCCGACGCAUUAAUGACAUUCCAAAUGAUAGCUCCGGCUUAUCGUUCAAUUAAUCACUUCCACCCUCUGCAGCCGGGCCCACAUCGAUCGGGAGCCGCCGUGUGACUGGGGGUCUGGAGGAAACCCGUCAGUCCUCGCUUCACAGCGGUUCGCGGGGCGGCAGCUCUCCCGGCCGCGGGGCCGCCGUCGGGGAUGCUCUGCGGGCCCUUUCCCCGCCGGGUUCAGCGGGCAGAGGGGCACCGCCGGGCGGCCGCUGCCCUGCGAGCUCCCCUGGGCUGGGGAGGGCGUUUGGGCCCAGGGUGGAGGAAGGGAGCACCACCGGAGCCCGUUUCUCCCGUCCCGAGGGAGGUGGAUGGUACCAAGGCAGGCGAACCUGCGGCCGCGGGUUUGGAUUUGCCGGGGGUGUGUGAGAUCGGGAUCACUCCGUUAUUGUAGUGUUGAUCCAACUUAUCCCGAUUAGCUUGUAAUAAAACGGAGGCAACCAAGGUUAGAAAGACCACCGGGCGCUGCAUAGGGCAGAUAACCCGGCAAAGUCCCGCCGUAGGCCCCUCUCCCGAGCCGGGCUGCCGAGGCUGCCUCCACCUUCCUCGGGCACUUCAUCCCUUCCCCUGCAACCGGGAAAAAGCCCCUCCGA